UGACACAUGGUUUUGCAAAUACAGCGCACGAGUAUGUGAGAGAGAUUAGUGCCUAGAAUAAAACACUCUCUACCCAAAGAACUUCUACUUUUAUCCACUUGGGUCCCAAAAUGCCCGCACCUUUUUCUCUAUCUUUAUUAUUCUCCUUUUUCUGAUGAGAUCCUCUUCCAAAGAUUUCCAGGGUAAUCCUCUUCUCUUGCUGAAUCUAUAUCUUUCCCACUUGUACCUCCAUUUCUCUCUCUCUCUCUCUCACUUUAUCUCUCACUCCUGGAACAUCACCUAAUCCAAUCCUCUGUGUAUGAUCUUAAUAAUGUUGUUUGAUUUUCAGUUGGCAGAAUUGACCUUCUGAGGUGGGUCAAUUUCGAGUACUCAUUUGGGAACUGGCAUUUUCUUGAAAUUUUCUUGCUUUUGGCUAAAAAAAUUGUUUUUUGACGUGGGUUGAGCUUGGAUAUUUGAAGAAUUCUGUUUUCAUUACAGUAUAGGCUGGUUUAUGAUUUGGCUUUGAUUGUCAGUUGGGUUGCUUUCAUAACAGUUUUAUGCAGUUUUGGUGUUUGUUUUUCUUUAUCCAGCUAAAAGAUUUGUAUUUUCGUGGUGGGUUGCAUUUGGGUACUCGUGAUUUUGGUCUGUGGUUGUGGGUUUUGAGUGGAAUGAAAUCAUAUGGUAUGAAUUUGAUCAAAAGGUUUGUUUUGGAACUGGGGGUUUGAUUGGGAGCAUUGAAGGACCGACAAAGGAAAAUGAUGAAAGGGGGCAAGGAUGAAGAGAAGCUAAUGGGUCCUUUGUUUCCAAGGCUUCACAUUAAGGAUGCAGAACAAGGUGGGCCAAAGGCACCUCCAAGGAACAAGAUGGCUCUUUAUGAACAGCUCAGUAUUCCUUCUCAGAAAUUUAACUCUGGAUCGGCAUCAAUGUCGCCUUUUCCGCCUAACAAUAGUGGCAAUUCGGUCCCUUCGGUAUCUUCUAGUCAUGGUGGUGGACACAAAAGGAGUCUGUAUUCUCCAAUCUGCAACUCGCCUGCUCCUUCUCAUUUGCCUGAGAGACUUCCUUCUUAUUCUUCCAACGUGAUGAAUUUGCGUACAACAUCGACUAAUCUUGAAUGGAAACCGAUGAAACCCCCAAAGCAUCGCCCUUUGAAUGGUGCAUAUUGUAGCCUUUUCCAACCACCUGGUAUCGCUUACUCUAAGAACUCUUCCACAAAGGAACUUCCAGAUGAGAUUGAUUAUACAGUUCCAACUUUUGUCCAAUUUGGGAGAACUCUGGAGUGUGCCAGUGGAGAUAAAGGAAAGGGCACAAUGGUACCUUUUAAGGAAGAGAAGAGAGGCAGUUUGGUGGAUGAGGCAAGCAGAAUAGCUGAUUCCAAUGGACCUUUACAUCACCAGAAUCGAGCUUUAGAAGAAAAAAAAGCUCUUAGAAAUGAUAGUUCAGCCGAUCCCAAAAAGGGUGUACGAAGGGGAAAUGCUUCCAUGUUGGAAGGUGUAUCCUGUUUCAGACCAAUGCGUGGAGAUAAUUAUAGAAGGCAGAAUAGUCUUGAAAAUGUCUCUAAGUGCUUUGAAGAUCAGUGUGGGCCAUUACAAGUGGGCGAGUUAGACAGAAAUGCUGAUGUCUCAGAAACAUCCAUGGUGGACUCUAUGUCUGGAGCGGAAAUAUCGCCAGAUGAUGUUGUUGGAGUCAUAGGUCAGAAACAAUUUUUGAAAACAAGAAGAGCUAUUGCCCAUCAGCAAAGAGUUUUUGCAGUUCAAGUCUUUGAGUUGCAUAGAUUGAUAAAGGUGCAGAAAUUGAUUGCAGCAUCACCGGAACUCUUGCUCCAAAGUGAACUUCAUCUGGGUAAGUCUUCGAUCAAAGGCUUACCGACUAAGAAAUUGCCCUCGGGGAAUCUACUAGAAGCACCACCACAAUUAUUGAGCAAACUGAAACCUGAGAAGCCCAUCCAUAACACGGAAUGUGCAGCAGAGAAUGUUUUGGAAAUGCUUCUUCUUCCUUCUCUAAGUAAUCAGUCCGACGUAAAACUUAAUACCCGGAAGUCAACUUGCUAUUUCCACCCACCACCAGGAAACCAGUGGCUAGUUCCUAUAAUUUCGCCUUCUGAAGGACUCGUUUACAAGCCCUUCACAGGACCAACACCCCCAACAUCAAGUUUCGGGGUUCCAGUUUAUGGAAUUACUACUGCCACUCACCAAGGAGGGAUUGGAAUUCUUCCGGGUACUCCUCCGCUCAGUCAUACCUACUUUCCACCUUAUCCCAUGCCAUCAAUCCCAUCCGUUGCCAGUUCUGCAGUUGACGGGGCGAGGCAAUUAACUAAAUCACACCUAAAUGGCCAGGAGGAUAAGUCAGAGGCUUCAAGUGGUCGAACUGAGAGGGUACUACGAGGAGAUGCACUUGAUCUUUUCCCUACUGAUCCAACGGUUAAGGCUUUGGAUCAAUCUUCUCAGAGUUGCAGUAAUGAGCAGCAGACACGUGUGAUCAAGGUUGUACCUCACAAUCCUAGAUCAGCGUCUGAAUCAGCUGCUCGGAUUUUCCAGUCCAUACAAGAAGAAAGGAGACAAUAUACAUAGUUUAUAUCAGGUUUAUGGUAAAUAGCUUUUAGUUGAAUGAGGAUACCAAACAGGAAUGGAGCAUUUCAUUUAUACUUGUUCAUAGUGACGUUUGAUGUCUGUUUAUGUUCCAUUUUAACUUCUGUAGAUAUGAAACUGUGUAAUUGAUGAAGCAGGCGGAUUUCUCUGUACCCAUUGAAAUAAAAGCUUUAUUCCUUGUUAGUA